UGCGAGCUGCGCUGGCACCUCCUGGUAUUUGUAGUUUUUUUUUAAUCUAGUUCGCUUCCGUGUAGCUUUACGGUGGAGGAAUCUAGUCGGCAAAGGCUAACACAUGUGAAAUUAUUAAUCAGGUUUAUGUGAAUUUAUGGAAACAUGUCAAAGAAACGGGGCAGGAAGCGUAGCAGUGGGGAGCUGAGUGAAAGUUCAGCGUCGACCCUCAGCCCGGACCCUGACAAUCUUUUAGGCCGCAGGAUUCAGCACACCUGGAGGGAGAAGGGGAACGUAACCAAGUGGAAAGGCACCGUUCUGGAGCGCCUAAUUGUCAACAACUCUCUCUACAUGGUCAAAUAUGAUGGCUUUGAUUGUGUCUACGGCAUCGAGCUCUUCAAAGAUAACCGGGUGUCCAACUUGCAGGUUUUAACGGAAAAAGUUGUAAACAAUAAGAUCAAGGUGCCUCCUGGUGCGGAGGAGCUUGUGGGCCGAGCAGUAGAGCAUCUGUUUGAAAAGGAGGAUGGCGAGAAAAAUGAAUGGCGAGGCAUGGUGCUGUCCCGAGCUCCCAUCAUGACCCACUGGUAUUACAUCACCUACGAGAAGGACCCUGUUCUGUAUAUGUACCAGCUGUGGGACGACUAUAAGGACGGAGACCUGCGCGUCCUGCCUGAGUCAGAGAACAAACAUCUGCUGCCAGCAGACAGGAAACCAGGUGAGGAGCCAGAGAGCCUUGUGGGUAAGCAGGUGGAGUACGUCACAGAUAACGGCCUGAAGAGGACAGGAUUAGUCAUCUAUCAGGUCCCCGCGAAGCCCACUGUAUAUUACAUAAAAUACGACGACGAUGUUCACAUCCAUGUCUACGAUCUGGUGAAGACCACCUAAUACUGACUGUCUGGUUUCAGCUGAUGGCUCGUACUCGUUCCAACCAGUGUUAAAAACGUUUAUUUUUCUUCAGUGGGAGGAGAUAUGCCCAUCAUUGAGAGGUCAAUUUUAUCAUUACAAAACAUCAAUUUCUGAUAUUUACUUUUAAGUGUAAUUUAAUAAAUGACCACUAAGUCCUUUUUAAUGUAAAUAAAACAGGUCUGUGGCCAGUUGUGUAGCACUACAGAUGCAAUGGAGCUAGGCAUGUGCUUUUGUUCACUUAUAUAGUGCAACUGUCAAACUAAAAACAAAAAACUGUAACGCAUCAAACCAAAAAACAGAGUUUUCUCAUCAUUACAUCUGUGCUUUGCUUUAAUUCCAUUUCACAUAUUUAUUUCAUCAGGUAUAUAUCGGUGUGCUGCUGGUAACAAAACAAGAACUGGUCUGCUGUGCUUUUUUUUUUACGUCCCCUCUGUUAAAUAUUGAACUAAUGUUCAUUUAACUUGUGAGCUCCUUUCCUUAAAACAAUGAACUUCACUUCUUGUUGGAGUCCAGCAACAUUCAUGAGAUCAUAUACGUAUUAUGAAUUAAAAACAAACAAAUGUAUCACCUCUGUCCUGCUCCAUCAAGUAAACAGUAGAUUUUUACAUCAAGAUCAUGUAUAAGAAAUACUGUUCGUAUGAGAUGUUUUAAAGUGUUUGUGCUGCACAUAUGUAGUUGAAAAUGGUUUCCAACAUUGUGUGGUAAUUUCAAACUGACAUCUUUAUUUGCCAAAAAAAACAACAACUAGGCAUUGUUCAAUGU